AUGAAUUAAAUAAAAAAACUAUUAGUUGAAAAUUUGAAUUACAUUUUCAAUAUUCUUAAACCCUAUAAGCAUUAGAAGAUUUCUACAUUUGUUGAAAUAUAAUUACAAGACUUUAUUCAAUUAUUUAGUAGAUUACAAUUAAUCUAAACUAAACUACAAUAAUUAUUUAAAAUGUGUGACACACUAUAAAAGUCAGGAAUUGCUUUAGCUUAGUCAUAAAAAUAGAUUUUAAAAGAAAAAAAUGAAAUCUAAUUAUAAAUGCAAGAAAUUGAAAAAUUACUCUUUGAUGACACUUAAGUCAGUUUGUAAGAAACACAAAAAUAAGCUCAAGAUAUAAGUGAGCUGUGUGGAGAAGCUUACAAAAACUUGCUUGAUAAUUAAUCUUUCGACCUCACUAAGAUCUCUCAAAUAUAACCACCACAAAUAGAUGAUAUUGGUGAAUGGGAUUCAAAAUUAGAAAGUUCAAGAGAUAAAACAAGUGAAUUCGAUUAAAUUAGGAAAGCUUUUUAAAUAUUAGACAAAGCUAAAUUGUUUGAGCCUUCAAAUUUAUAAAUGCUUAUGAAAUGUGCUGAAAAUACUGACAAAUAAAUAUACAUGGACUUUUUUCUUUAAGUAAUUAAUAUUUAAAGAAAAUAAUAAUAAUCUUAUUCCAAACAAGUUGAUGAAAGAUCCCCUGAAUUAAGAGAAUAAAUUCUAUAAAUGCCAAUAUGUUAAGAAUUUUCAUUUGAAUCUCCAUUGCCAUCUCUUAGAGAACAUGAGUAACCUUAAUAAUAAUUUAAACAUGUUAAAUUGGAAGAUCUUUUGAAAAUUGAAGAAAGACUCAUAUCUGAUACAAGUCCGAAAAAAUAAAAUUUUGUAAAGAAAUUACCUACAAAAAAAAACAGUAUCGAUAAUUCAUUUUAUUCUUAACAUAAUAUUAAACAUUUAAUAAGAAGAUAUCCUAAUAAUUCUAUUUAAAGAGAAAAGAGCCCUUCUGAACACAUAUCAAGAAGCAGUUGCAGUUUAUUAGUAGAGCAAAGUUAAUCAACUAGAUAGUAAAAAGAAGUUUUUAAAAGAAAGAUUAGUCAACCUACAUCAAUUACUGAAAGAAAUGCAAAUAUUUGA